AUUUAGUGUAAUUUCUCCAUAUCCCAAACAAAAGCCCUUGGCCCAAAGAGGCCAACAUCGAGGUGGUCUACGCGGAAAGCAAAGACGAGCGAGAGCCUAACUCGUGGGACGGUGCAGCUGAGAUUCAAGCAGGGGAACCAGAAUGGAGAAAGCUUUGAGAGUAUACGGCGGGGUUCUGAGGCUGGUGAGGCGAUUACCGAAGGAAACUAGAUCUUAUUACGCAAAGUACGCCCGCGAGAACUUUGUCAAUUACAGAGAAGCCGAAGUUGGCGAUUCUAAAGCCCUCGAUGAGCUCUUCCACAGAGCCUAUAACCAUUCCAUCUGGGUCCUCAACAAGUAUUCAGUGGAUCAAUCUGCUGCAAAUAAGCUGAAGAAUGUCUGUUACAACUAAAUUCUACAUGCUCACCAACUGUUUGUUGGAAUGUAGAAAAGGACACUGGUAAUAAUUAAAGGAUUUACAUUACUUCUUUUGCUGAUUUAAUCUUUUUGUAUACUUAUUUGUACUUCUUGUAUCCAAUAAAAACGGUUUGAAACUGUUGGAAAUGAGGAUAAAUUUUCAGGUUCAAGGAUCUUAAA